AUGCAGUCGGGGAAUCUCUGGAGAGUUCUGGGACUCUGCCUCUUAUCAGUUGGCGCUUGGGCGGAAGAAGAUUUUGAAGAAACCGAUGAAGUUACACAAAUACAAACACUGAAAUCAUAUAAAGUCUCCAUCUCUGGAAACAGUGUAGAGCUUACAUGCCCUGAGGAUACUGUAUCUGAGAAAAUAACUUGGAGAAAAGAUCCUGAAGGAAGUCCCCAUCAUUAUAACAACCCACUGUUACUGGAGGAUUUUUCAGAAAUAGAGAACAGCGGUUAUUAUACCUGCUCAGAGGACUCCAAACAUACGCUCUACCUGAAAGCAAGAGUGUGUAAGAACUGCGUGGAGGCGGAUCCUAGGGUGGUGGCCACAAUCAUCCUGGUGGACAUUGGCGUCACUUUGGGCUUGCUGCUGCUGGUGUAUCACUGGAGCAAGAACAGAAAGGCCAAGGCCGUGCCUGUGACGAGAGGAGCUGGGGCUGGCAGCAGGCCCAGGGGACAAAACAGGGAAAGGCCACCACCUGUACCCAACCCAGACUAUGAGCCCAUCCGGAAAGGCCAGCGGGACCUGUAUGCUGGCCUAAAUCAGAGAGGCAUCUGACAGCUCCUGAAGACACUGUCUCCCACUGACCCAGGUCGGCUCCUCUCCAGGCCUGCUACUCCCUGUUCCCUGGGCAAAUCUUGGACCCCACAGAAGAACUGUUCCUGGGCUUGUAGGGAACUCACACUCUCAGCCUUGUCCCCAGUGGCCUCCUUCCUCCCUUCUCUGCUGGCCCCCAUCCAAGGAUAUUGCUGCCUCAUUAUCCUUUGAAACAUCAUCACUACUCACCCCUCACACCUGGCCUGCCCUCGUAUCAGGAUUUUUUUUUUU